AUGACCAAGGGAACUUCCAGCUUCGGAAAGCGUCACAACAAGACGCACACUCUGUGCCGACGAUGUGGACGUCGUUCUCUUCACAUCCAGAAGCACACCUGCUCCUCCUGCGGAUAUCCCGCCGCCAAGACCCGAAAGUAUAACUGGAGCGAGAAGGCCAAGCGCAGAAAGACUGUCGGUACUGGCCGCAUGCGCUACCUCAAGGAUGUCUCCCGCAGAUUCAAGAACGGAUUCCGAACCGGCGUACCCAAGGACGCGCGAGGUCCAGUUGCGAAAUAA